AUGUCGGUGCAGGAUGUGUGCAACGUGCGAAAUGACACGCCCUUGUUUGCACUCUUCACCUUCGAGGAUUGGGUGCUGGUCAACUUGCGAGCCGAGCUCUCGCUGUUGACCCUGGCAUUCCUGCAGGAUGCUGCUGAUCCAGAGCGUGUCGGCAUCCAUGAGUCGAACCUGGGCUUCUACUACCAGAAAUACUUCAAGAAGAGCCUCCUCCCGAAACAAUAUGGCAUGAACACCAACAUGGAGCUGGUUGAGAAGUUGGUGAAGGACACUGUGGACAUAGCUGCAGACACACAGGUCCUCACCAGCAAGCGAACGCAGGAGGAGCUAGGUGACUUCAGCAUCCUCGUCAAGCUCACAGAGGCCGCUCGGCGAGACAGGCAAAGAAAACUCGACUCAGGCGAUGAGUCUGUGAGGCUUCAACUGGACGUCCAGGCGCACAUGCCGCCUCCGCCACCUCAGCAGCAGAUGGUACCACACUACCAGGGGGGCGGCGGUGGCUUCAAGGGCUACGGAAACAACUAUGGUAUGGACAAAGGAGGCUACAAGGGGGACAAAGGCGGCUUCAAGGGCUACAAAGGAGACCGAGGAUUCAAGGGCGGCUUCAAGGGGGAUGGAGGCUAUGGCAAAGACUUCGGCAAGGACGGCUACCAUCGUGCGUUCGACAAAGGCAAGAAGGGAGGCGACAACAAGGGCUAUGGGAAGAAGGGCAAGGAUGGAAAGCCCGGCAAAGGAUACUGA